AUGUAUUCACUCUCUCAACGAGCCAACUCGAUCUUUGCCACGUUUGUAUCGGUGAUGAUGUGCGUGCUGAGUGCCGUGGCUCUCACUGGACCAGUCCUGCUCUAUCUCUAUGGAAAACCAACUGUUUCGCUUCAAGUUGGAGAGGUCUCCGUUAAAUUGGGUCGAGUUGGUCAAAUUUAUGACAGGACAUCUCCUGUGUCUGAAUUGGGCUUUAUCGACUUUAAUCUCGACGCUGGCAAGUCAUCCUCUCACUUGAUUAUACUCUUAUUUACUGCUAAAACGAUAUUACAUGCAUUAGAUCUAAGCUCCUUAUUCAACUGGAAUACAAAGCAACUCUUUGUGUAUGUUUUGGCAGAGUUUGAGACUCCAUCACAUGACACGAACGCUGUUGUCAUAUGGGACGACAUUAUACAAACUCCUGAUCGAGCUGUCAUAAAAUUGAAACGACAACGAGGAGAGUAUGUCGUUACCGACAUGUUGAAUAAACUGAGCCACAAAAAGGCACGUCUAUCAUUACACUACAAUGUCAUCCCUCAUGUUGGAAUGCUGCAAUGGUUUACAUCUGACUCGGUGGUUCAUUUUGAAUUCCCAUCGAGGACUUCAUAA